CUUCCUGGCUCCGCUGCUCUGGUGCUGGUUUCACGUGACUCCUCGGGACCUGUUUGUGAAGCAACAGCUGACACUGGAAGCAAAGCAGCAACAACAACUCUGAGAACUGUUUCACUUCUACAGUGAGCAACUAUUCAUCUUUGAAGAUGUUUUCAAUCAGCGAGAAAAUGGAGUUUCUCAUCGGAAACCCAUUUUCAACACCCGUCGGCCAGAGAAUUGAGCGGGCCACCAGCAGCUCUCUGCAGGCCGAGGACUGGGGACUGAACAUGGAGAUCUGUGACAUCGUCAACGAGACGGAUGAAGGGCCCAGAGAUGCAGUUAAAGCAAUUAAGAAGAGAAUAGUAGGAAACAAGAACUUCAGAGAGAUUAUGUUGGCUCUCACUGUUCUUGAAGCCUGUGUGAAGAACUGUGGCCAUCGCUUCCAUGUUUUGGUGGCAACGCAGGACUUUGUUGAAGGAGUUUUGGUCCGCUCCAUUCUGCCCAAAUACAACCCCCCAACUGUCCUGCACGACCGUGUUCUCAGCCUGAUACAGUCGUGGGCUGAUGCGUUCCGCAGCUCUCCCUCCCUGGCAGGCGUGGUGUACGUAUACGAUGACUUGAGGAGAAGAGGUCUGGAGUUCCCCAUGACAGAUCUGGAUGCUCUGUCUCCCAUCCACACUCCCAACAGGAGUAUCCCAGAGAAUGGGACAGCUGACACGGCUCCUGUUGCUGAUCCCACACAUCAACCAGCAGCUCCUGCCAGUCCUCCCAGUCCUCCCAGUCAGGAUCCCUCCCCUGCAGUCCAGCCCAGCGACGGGCCCGUUUCACUCACUCCUGAACAGGAAGAGAAGCUGCGGAGUGAGCUGGCGCUGGUGAAGGGAAACCUCAGCGUCAUGUCGGACAUGCUGAACGAUCUGAUUCCUGGACAGAGCUCAGCGGACGAUACACACCUGCUGAAGCAGCUGUUCUCCGUGUGCAAGAGCAUGCAGGCCCGUGUGGUGGAGCUCAUCCCACAGCUGCAGGAUGAAGGCUUUAUCCAGGAGCUGCUCAUGGUGAACGACGACCUGAACAACGCUUUCAUACGCUGGGAGAGGUUUGACAGGCUGGACAAGGCUCAAGUUUCAAAUUCACAGCAAAGCUCUGCCGUGAGUCCGAGCCUCCUCCACCUCCGCCCUGAACCUUCCACCGACCAAGAGCCAGCCGUUCUUUCAACCAGCACCCAGCAGUCCGUCAGCAUCCAGAGCAACCACCAGUCAGCCCCCCACAAAGAUGAGGAGGAGUUUGACAUGUUUGCCCAAACCAGAGGCAGCUCCUUAGCCGAGCAGAGGAAGAGUGUGAGGUACGAGGACCCUGGAGCGGUGGAGGGACUGGCCGGAGCUCUGGACUCCAGGCUGCAGGUCACCGGAGCGAUGCAACCAACAAAAAACGGUCUGCAAAAUGACAUAGACAAAUGGUUACCUUUUAACAUGCAGGAAGAGCAGUCGUUGGUGUGCGAGGGCGUGUCCAGUGAAGAAUUUGACCAGUUUUUGGAGGAUCGGGCGAAGGCAGCAGACCCUAGUGGCCAGACGAUUUCCAGCGUGCCUUCAUCCACACCGAGACCCCCCCAGACCCGGAACCAGGACCUGUCACAUGACCAGCUGUUCUCACUCUGAGUGUGGGAUGAAUACAUGAAUACAUGAAUACAUGAAUAUGUGCUUGUCCUGCUAUCCAUUUGAACAUGUGUUGUGCCAAAUUAGGCUGUCACUGAACGUACACACGCAACAAGACCAGGCUACAGAACAGCUGCCUAAUCACCUUAUUUCUUUCAGUAAAGGCUGUAUUUCUCUUUAUUCUCUAGACAAAUACCUUAUGUACAUAUGAACAACCAUGUGUACCUGUAUUUAACAUAUUGUUGUUAUUAUAAUUAUUAUUAUUAUUAUUAUUAUUAUUAUUACUAGUAGUAAUGUGACCAAAAACUACGACGGAGUAUUAGGGCCAAACUUAGACAAAAAAAAUGGAAAUUACGAGAAUAAAGUCGUAAAAUUACGAGAAUAAAGUCGUAAAAUUACGAGAAUAAAGUCGCAAUAUUAAAUAUAUAAAUAUAACUUCACAAGAUGCUCAAUAUUCCUCAUUUUAACACAGGGAGAAGAUGCUCUUCCUGUUAGAGUUCUCAUAAAUUAUAUUCUCAUAAUAUUACGACUUUAUUCUCAUAAUAUUACGACUUUAUUCUCAUAAUAUUACGACUUUAUUCUCAUAAUAUUACUUUAUUCUCGUACUAUUACGAUUUUAUUCUCGUAAUGUUACGACUUUAUUCUCAUUAUAUUAUGACUUUAUUCUCGUAAUCUCCCAUUUUUUUUUGUCUUCGUUUGGCCCUAAUACUCCGUCGUAAAAAACAGUGUUUAUAGUAAAGUAAUAAAAAUAAUGCAGAAAAUAUAUUUGAUAUAAUGCCAACAUGUGCCUUUGACCCAGAGAAUUGAUUUUGUUUAAAUGAUAAUAAAUGGGGAACAGUUCCCCAGUCAUGUUCCAUUCAUUCUCUUUGAAAAUGCUUCCCUGCUUUGAUAUAAAUGACCAGUUUUAAGGAAGUUAUCUAAUUAUGGAUAACAUGAGAGAUGUGUAGGAGCUAGGGCACUGUCUUACGUCUGUAAUUGUUCCCAAGAGUUGAACCCACUGUUGAAAUCGGCACCAAAAAAAUAAAUGAAAACAUUAAGUGUUUAUGAUAAUUAACAACAUGCAUAUGAAAAAAAAUGGACCUUGUUUGUUUGAUAAUGUGGUAAUGAGGAGUGGUAGCCUAGUGGUUCCUGGUUUCACUAGAGACAGGUUAAAUGCAGAAAAUA